AUGCCUCAAUCUUGUCAGCAAUGUGGCCAGAUUAGCUAUACCCAGCCCACACUACAUCCUAUCCCUCCAGACUUAGAAAUACGAACUGGUAAGAGUGAACAGGAUCAGCCAGUAAACGACCAACACCGGCCAGAAGACCGGCACAUCAAAGAUCGCGAACCAAGUGCACGAGAACCCGAUAGCGAUAGCCCUCGUGGCGGAAUACCAAAACUUGAACUCGGGAAGGCGGCGGAUGAAGGGUCUGAACUCCUCGUCUUGUUUGGUAGGAAGGCCACCCGCAGAGCCAUCUUCCAUGUCGUUGUCUGCCGCCUCAUUCGAGGGGUCGAAUUUGGGUUGCAGGAAGGCGAGGAAGAGGUUGAGCAGGUAGAUACCGAGGGAGGUAAGAGGGUGAGGAUAAGUACCGAUGUACCAGCCUUGGGCGACGAAUAUCCUGACGAAGAAAAUGAUGAGGAGGAAGGCGGUGCCUAUCCACCUGUAGGCCUCGAAGUGUGCGCGCUCACAGCCCCAAAGGCAGUCUGUUCAGGCUCGAUUGAAUCCAUCUCGACAAGUAUUCUUCACGAUCACAGUCGCGACGCGAUCGUUUUACACUUGCCCAGGAAGCAAUCCGUAAGCUACUUCAAUCUACCCAAGAUGAACAGGUUUAGAGCUUUAAGGCCAAUGGCCUCCCAAUUCCGAGCUUCAGCUCUCCCCGCCAUAUCUCGCAGCUACUCCGCCUGGCCAGAGAAAUCCUACGAAUUUAUCCAAACCACGGAGCCUCGCCCAGGAGUCGGCCAAAUAACGCUCAACCGCCCCAAAGCCCUCAACGCCCUCUCCACCCCGCUGAUUACCGAACUCAACUCCGCCCUCCUCGCCUUCGACUCUGACGCCGACACGCGCGUAAUCCUACUCACCGGCUCCCAGAAAGCCUUUGCAGCCGGCGCCGAUAUCAAGGAGAUGGCCUCCCUCACAUUUUCACAAGCCUACACCACCUCCUUCAUAGAGUCCUGGUCGCUCCUCACCACCGCCAUCAAGAAACCUAUCAUCUGUGCCGUCUCAGGCCACGCUCUCGGCGGUGGGUGUGAGCUCGCGCUGAUGUGCGAUAUCCUUUACUGUACUGACAGUGCAAAUUUCGGACAGCCUGAGAUCAAGCUGGGUACGAUUCCUGGAGCUGGGGGCAGUCAGAGAUUGACGCAGGCCAUUGGCAAGGCGAGGGCUAUGGAGCUGAUUUUGACCGGCAGGGGCUUCAGUGGGAAGGAGGCGGCACAGUGGGGGGUUGCGGCUAGGACGUUUGGUAGUUGGGAGGAGCUGAUGGAGGGGAGUUUAAAGACCGCUGAGACCAUUGCAGGGUAUAGCAAGGUGGCGGUUAUGGCGGCCAAGGAGGUAGUGAAUAAGAGCCAAGAACUGCCAUUGAGAGAUGGAGUCGAGUAUGAGAGGAGAGUGUUCCACAGUUUGUUUGGCAGUGAGGAUCAGAAGAUUGGGAUGAAGGCGUUUGCCGAGAAGAAGAAGGCCGAGUGGAGUCAUAAGUAA